UAGCAACAUUGAAAUCAAUGAUGCAAUGAGGGCGUUCCUCUCUUUCUACCUUUUGAUCUAACCCUCAGUGCUCUCGUAUCGUUCACUGUGUCCGUGAAUUGUACAGAAAGAAAACUGAAACCAUUUUUGAAAGCAGUGAAAAUGUCUGUGUUAUUGGACACCUAGCAUAUUAAAUACAUGCCGUGUCAUUUCUGAACUCUUAUCACCGAGGAGAGAGGGGAAACAUGGUGUUAGAUUUACUAACUCAGCUUUGUAUUCUCCUGCAGGUGACAGGUGUCUUUUCUGGUGAGUAACUGCGUUUGGUAAAGUCAUUUAAAAAAUGUAAGGGUGGAGAUUCGUAGGAUAGAAAAAACUGAUCAAUGAAUUGUUGAAAAUUCUAACUGAAUUUGAAAUUUUUGGUCAAAAUAUUCGAAAAUGGAAAAAUGAUCCACUGAGAUCAACUAUUUUGGCCUCAAAUUUGAAUUGACUUUUAAUUCCUAAAAUUUAGUGAAUAACCCUGUGGGGUAUAUACACUAAACACCGAAUUGUAUUGAAUUGCAACAUUUAUGCUAGAAAUUAUGAUUUGGGAAAAUUCAACUGCGCUAUAGUCAUAGCUUAUCUUUUUAGCCUAAAAUAUGGAAUUCAGUGUUUAGUGUGACUAAACCUUUUUGAUGCAUGAAGUACUCUAUUUAAACAUUUAUUUAUUUAAAGGAAAACUCCAAGCAGGGCUGGUGCAAGGAUUUUUGGGUACACAGGCGAAGAUGCAUUCUGACACUCCCGUUUCUCACCAAAAAAUGCAUCUUCAACCAGUGUGCCCUUUAAUCCCCUUCCCCUUUAUACCCCACUUUUGUGUUUCUUAUCCUCUCUUUUGAAUGUCUAACCCCCUUUAGUAUAUCUUAUCCCCCAUUUUUUCCUUUUGAGCGUCUUACACCCUGUUUGUGUGUCUCUUUGUACCCCAGCUCCUUUUGUGUGUCUCUUACUUCACUUAGCCCUUUUGUGAACAUAUAGCUCCCCCAGCUUCUUUGUGUAUCUUUCUUUCUUUCCCUCCUCCCAGCAGGGCCGGACUGGGGAUACAAAGCAGCCCUGGAAAAAAAUCUAUGCCAGCCCCAUAAGUCAUUGUGCUAUGUAGGGUGUUUUAUUUAUAUAUAUAUAUAUAUAUAUAUAUAUAUAUAUUUUUUUUUUUUUUUUUUAAUUGAUACAUUUCUUCUUCUAAUUCAAAAUAUUAGUCCUUUCAGGGUAAUUAAAUUAUACAGUAAAGCAUACUCACAUACAGACAAUCUUACUGAUGCACACAAAUAGGCUCAUUGAAAGACAAUCUCAAUGACACACACAGACAAGGUUACACACACACAAAUUUAGUACAGACAAACUCUGACACACACACAAGCUUACUACAGACAAGCUCACUGUCACACACAUGCUCACUACAUACAAGCUCACUGAUGCGCACACACUCUCCCUACAGACAAGCCCACUGACACACACAUGCUCCCUACAGAAGAGCUCAGUAACACACAUGCUCACCACAGACAGGCUCAGACACACACAUGCUCCCUACAGACAAGCUCACUUACACACACACACACACACAUAUAUAUGAUCCCUACAGACAAGUUCACUGACACACAUACAAGCUCACUCACUAGCAGGCACACACACAUACACAAACUCACUAGCAGGUGCACACACACAGAAGCUCCCUCACUAGCAGAUGUGCGCACACACACAAGCUCGCUCACUCACUAGCAGAUGCACACACAAAGACAUCCACACACACAGAGGCAGACGGUCACUGACACCAAGGCAGACAUCCACACACACAGAGACAGGCAGACAGCCACACACACACAGCCAGACAGUUACACACACACACAGGCAGACAGUCACACACACACACACACACACACACACAGAGACAGUCACACAAACAGUCACACACACAAUCACAGUCAGACAGUCACACACACACAGGCAGUCACACACAGACACACUGACCUGCUUCUUACCUCCACAUCCCUUGGAGCUCCUGGAGGCUGGUUGUUGGGGAAGCAGGAGCUGCCCUGGAGGAGCAUUGACCCAACUUGCUCAUUUUGAGAUGGGGUGUGCUUGUCAUGGGUGAUAAAUUCAAAAAAAAUAAAUCAAAAAAUACCCAGGCCAAUUUUUUCCCCCCAGCCUGGCACUGGCGGAGGGCAUAGAAUGAGCAGUAAGUAGAUUCAUGUCAGACCAGGUAGUGGUAAAGAAGAUUAUCUACCAUGAUCCACGAUGCCACACAACAGACACAGACAGAGUGAAACCCACAAAAGGGGGAGGUGAGAGCAAGAGACACUUAGGGUUAAGGGACACAGGUGGGGUAAGAGACACAAAGGGGGAGGUAAAAGACACGAUGGACAAAAGGCCCAAGACACUCUUAAUGUAUCUUACCCCCCAUGAGUAAGAAUUUUCUAAAGAGGAAUAAGAAGGGGUAAGAGGCAAAUGAGGGAGUAAGAGAUCCCAAAGAGGGAUAAAGAUGCAAAACCAUAAAUAAAAUGACAAAAAGACGAUACAGUAUCCAAAAAGGGGCAAAAGAGGCACAACACAGGGUACAAGAAUGGCUAAAAAGAGAGUUAACAGACACAGUGGCGAAGACACAUUUUGGGGUGCAAAAUGCAUCUUCACCUGUGUAGACAAAGAGCCUUGCACUGACUCUGUGCCUGGCACUCCCAUACACCAUAAGGAACUGUAAUUUUGUACUAACACUGCUACCUGCAUGGCCUUUGGUUGGACAUGUGAUGUUUUCAAACCAAAGAUGGUGUCAGGAGUCUGAGGAACCAUCACAACCACACAGACGGUGAGUGAUACUCAACUCCAACUUGUACUCCAUGCGUCACACAAAUAUCACGUAGUUGACUUGCUGGGGAUACAUUCCUAAAAACAUCAAUUAUUGACUCUAAUGAUAACGAAUGUGACUGUAUUGUGCUAUGCACUCGCUUUCUUUGAUUUUAUUCAAGGUUUGUUUAAUUUCUUUCCAUAUUGUUACCUAUGUGUCUUCCUCACAGCCAGUCACUCUUAUCGCUAUUAUUACACCGGGAUCACAGAAAAUGCAAAUGGCCAGCCUGUGUUUACCGCCACCGCGUAUGUGGAUGAUUAUCCAAUUGGAGCUUACACCAGUCACUCCAAAGAGUUUAAACUCCAAACCGAAUGGAUAAAGGAAAAAACGGAUCCAGAACUGUGGGAGAGAAAUAGUGAGAUCUUUCAGGGUUGGGAGAUCGAAUUCAAAAAGGGUGUCAGGAGUCUGAUGAAUCAUUACAACCACACAGAUGGUGAGGGAUACUCACAUUAUACGUAUACUCUGUGCUUCACAAAAAUGUCCCAUUGUAGACCUGCUGGGGGUACAUCCCUAAAACCUCAUUAAAUGACUAUGCUCAACGUUGGGCCCGCUCUCGGGAAAGUCAUAGAGACUUUGUCACAUAAAAUCGCAAUACAUUUUGUUUGUUUUACUCAAGCUAGUGUUAUUCAUUAACAGGGUUGUUUGCUAAGCUCACAAUUUCUCCAAAAUUAAGGGACCACUAUAGUGCCAGGAAAACAAACUCCACCACAGAGUCCCACUCCUGCCGGGCUGAAGGGGGAGGAAAGGAGUUAAUCACUUACCUUUCUCCAGCGCUGGGCUCCCUCUAUGCUGGGGAAAUAUCCUCCCUCUCCCGAUGUCAGCGCUGAAUGCGCAUGCGCGGCAAUCAGUCCAUAGGAAAGCGUUUCUCUGAAACUGCUAUGUUUACAGCUGCAGGGUUAACCCUAGAGGGACCUAGCACCCAGACCACAUCAUUGAGCUGAAGUGAUCUGAGUGCCUAUAGUGGUCCUUUAAGGCUAAAAUAACUGUGGUACAGUCACAACUUGGUUAUUUUAUAAUUCUACAAAGUGUGAAAUGUCAAGGAAUUCACAGUAAUAAGUAAGUAAGCUAUGUUUUCGAGUUUGUCUAAAAUGUUCUAUUCAUUUUACAUUUUUCCUAGCAAUUAACACUUCAGUAAAUAAUUCUGAAGAUUCUUAGAAUUCUUAGUCGAUAGGAAUUUCCCUCAUCUGAGCAACUUGGGGAAGUUAUAAUUUAAUAUGGGCUGAUUUUGCUUUAAUUUGUCCGUGAAAAUAUGAGAGAUCCUUCAAAUAGUAUAUCCCACACUUCAAACUAUGGAUAGACAGGAUGGCGUAAGGUUGCAACAUAAAAGAGAUCAUGCUUUUUGUCCCAAAGUUUAGAAACUGAAUGUGUGAAGAAAAAUAAAUUGGAUAUACCCAAAAUUGAUACCAUUAUCUUUAACUACAACGGUGCAUAAAAUGAAGAUUAUUCUGACACUUUACUUACCAUGGAUUAUGUAGCCAUUUAAUUAGAUCAGAGUCUUUGUAGCACCAAUAUCUUUCAUUUUUAAUUGCUUCACUACUCUUAGAUACACGAUGUAACUCUGUUAAACUUUCACGUUAUUUGCAGGAUUCCAUACACUUCAGUGGAUGUACGGCUGUGAGCUCCAUGACAAUGGCAGCAUUAGUGGCUAUGAUCUUGAUGGAUAUGAUGGAAAAGAGUUCAUGGCCCUAGAUUUAGAAAGAGUUAUCCACACAGCUUCCCUUCCAGAAGCAGAGACCAUUGCUCAGAAAUGGAACACUGAAACAAAUGAGGCAGAGAGAAUGAAAAAUUACCUGCAAGAGCAGUGUAUCGAGUCACUGAAGAAAUACAUCCGUUCUGGAAAAGAGAACCUCGAAAGGAAAGGUGAGGAAGCAAUUGGUUAUUUUUCACAAAGUACUAUACUGUAUUGUCCUACUGCACUGUACAUAAUAUAUAUGCUGUAUUUUGUUAGUACAGUACUCACUAGCCUUAUGUCCUUGUGGAAGAUGGCUUAAAAUAUUUUGGAAAUUUAUCUAAGGAUACCCUUUCACCAAAGGGCAUUUUGGUGGUUCUAGUUAUACAACUGCUCAUUAGUAUUGGCUAAUACUUUUUAUUUUAGACUCUCAUUCUAUGUAGACUUCUUGGUUUUUGUUGAUUUUGCCAGAAUUGAUGCAGUUGAAUGGGUGAUGCGUCUAGGGUGAAAAUAUGAGUUUGUGAGUUUGAAAUGCAGUGAGACCUAAAAAUAUUUUCUUGAUAUAUAUCUUGGGGUGUCAAGAACAGAGAUAUGUGUGGCAGAAAAGUUCAAUGUGCGGUUACUAGGGAGAGGGAACUUGUGAAAUCUGAUCUAGAACUGAUUGGUUUGUCAUUAUAGUGAAAAUAAUCCCGUGAUUGGAGUGUGGUUAUCUGUGAUUAAUUUAAAGCAACUGUCCAUUAGAUUGACAAUGCAGAAAACCAGUUGGAACAUCCUGAAAUAGUUUGGCAAGAGGCAAAUGGAAAGGGCAGUUGUAUGCUAAAUGAAUGGUGGGAACUUGGAGAAAAUGCACAGUCAACCCUGGAGAAUAAGGCAUGAUAAAUCACUGUCAACCAUACUUUAGUUCUCUACCUAUCUUGUUUGUGUUGUAUUUUCUUUAGUUCUUCCAGAGAUAAACAUUUCUGAGAAGACAACGGACAAUGGCAUAACCCUACACUGCCAUGCCUAUGGAUUUUACCCCCGAGAUAUUGAUGUCAAGUGGAUGAGAAAUCACAGAGAAGAGGUUCCUUGUCAAGAUGACCAGUACAUCCUGCCCAACACUGAUGGAACAUACCAGGUCCAAGCUUCUAUACACAUUCUGUCCAAAGAUGGGGACAGCUAUUCCUGUCAUAUUGAUCACAGCAGUCAAACGGAAACUCGUAUCUUGACAUGGAGUAAGUGUCCUAUAAUUCAUGAACCUAGAGAUACAUUGGAACCAUAAAAUGUCAGCGUGACCUUCUGGGGUUGCUCGAUUCCUGUUAUUCUCAGUGUUAGGGUUAUUGUACAAUUCUUGUAUAUAGAUUUUGAAUAAAUGUUACAAAUAGGCAAAUGAGCAAAUUACCAGAAAAACAGUUUCCAUGGACACUUCUUCAAUCAUGCUAUCCUCAAGGCUUCUCAGUAUUACUCACAUUUAGGGCUCGACUCUUAUACCGAGAUGUUUCAUACUUUUAAGUAAUCCCUCCACAAUUUAAUUCUAUGGGUUGCUAGGCCAGAGGUUGUGGGAUACUGAAAACCGAAUUGCAACAUUCGGGCCAAACUAACCCAGCUGUGCCCUAUUUGGGUUGAAUUUAAAAAAAUAUAUAUUUAUCAAAUUCGCUAUGUUGUCCAAAGUUCAGGUAUUUUUACAAACCCCAAUACAUUUAAUUAGCUCCCCUUUCUUACUGAGAAUCCUAUGAGAGUUGAAGCUUGUAAGGUAUUUUUUAACAAUUAAUUUUAAUUGAAACAAGUCUUGUACUAAUUAAAGUGUCUUGUUUCUUCCACAUUGAAAUAAAAAGUCUCAUAGCUCUAAGGCUGUAUCCUGGGAUCUCUGUAUUCAAAGAUCCUAAAGCUGUUUGUUGGUUUGGAAUUUUAAACAGCUGUACAUUAUCUACAUGACAUCAUCUCUACUCCAUUUUCUUCCACAAACUACGUCUCUCUUCUUUAACAGAACCCACGAAGGAUGCAACAAUAUAUAUUGUCAUGGCUUUGUGUGUCUCAGUGAUUGUCCUGGUUACUGCUCUUGUUGUAAUAUGGAAGCGCCGGGGUGCUGGUAAGUGUCAGAAACUAAUUAAAUAACUCCCAAUGUAGAGUUUCAUUUUAUGUAUAACUAUUUUAUUCUGUUUGUAAUUUCGUUCUUUCUAUUUUAGGAAAUAACAACUCCAACUAUGCUCUCUCUACAAGUAAGUUAACAAUGUACUGUCUUAAAAUGUGGGUACAAUGUGUGAUUGAAUAAUAAACCACUUACCAGGUGGACAAAUACCGACAUUAAAUGUGCUUCGAAGUUGGUAAAAUCCACUUUGUAAUUAAAAGGGCUGUUUUUAAAUAAGGUAUUUUGUUAAUAAAAUGUAUAAAAAUGUGGGGGUGGUGCCUAACAGCUGACCAACAUAGUCUCACAUGGCUGGAGCUCCUCAUUAAAAGCAUAUAACUAAUCCUAUCAAACGUCAAAAAUACUAUUGAUCCAGAGGACUGCUCUGACGAGUAUUUGGUCUGAAACUUACUGGAUCCAGAGGACAACACCCGUAUUUGGCUUCACUGCGGCAUGUGGAUGUUGCUGAGGCAGUGGAAGCGGCCUAUCCUCUGCCCUGGCUGUGUACUAGCUGGUCUCUGAGCCCUGUCCCCACACAUGCCCCCUUUGGUCUGGCGGAGAAUAUCCUGGUCUCCAUUAAUGAUCUCUCAUGGCCUCUUCUGAGAGACUCUAGUAAUUGCACAUGGAUUGGAUGAUUCAGGCCUACUAUAUGAGAUGUGACCUGCUUCUCUGCAUGUCUCCACACAGCUGCCCUCCUAGUUGGACUCAUUUCUUCAGUCUUUUGAGCACUAAUGCUCAGUUUUGGGUGAAGUUCCUCAAAUGAAUAACGCUACACCUCUGUAUCAUGCCUCCCAGGGUAUGUUUCGGGGUCAAAUAUGCUAGGCAUCCAUUCUACAGGGUAUCCCCUGCAUGGCAUUGUGGAGGAAGAAGCACAAGCAUAAGCAGCGGCCCGUACAUAAUCGCCGGAGGUCCAUGCUCCAGCCUCGUUUUACUUUGUUUCAAUUUGCUCUUGGCUACUUAAGCUGGAACCUCUAAUUGCCACGUAAAUCACUGUCUUAAUACUUUUUCUCAUGAGGCAAAUUAGUUGCAGCAUUUUUUAAAAUCCUUUUUCACCUAGCUUUUGCUUUUGAGAACCUUACUAGACAGUUCACAUACUAAAAAUGGGGCAAUAUUCAUCUGCAUACACUAUAUUUUGCUAAAUGCUAACUGUGAAAUAUUAUUAAAACAAGGCACAAUCAUUUUAGAAAGUGUAUAAACAAUACUAAAUUUUCUAGAAGUGUCUUUUGGUAAUAGCAGCUACCCCUUUAAGGCUCCUCAUCAUACACCUGCUCACAGCGGCAAAAUCGCUCAUUCCUACGCUAUGGAAAAGCCCGGUAACACCCACCCAACAACAAUGAGUGGAAAGAGUGGAAAUGAUUUUCAGCAUGGAAAUGAUGACAGCCUCCCUGCAUGGACGCUCGGACAAAUGUGCCCUGAUUUGGUUCCCAUGGAUGGAAUAUACAGCAAAUGGAGCCACAAGGGACGCCCAGGCUGGGAGUUGGGGCUCCCCCGCACCGGCAUGGCCCCCUCCCCCCCCGAUUGACUGACGCAUAGCUACAGUAAAGACCAGUUACGUAUGACCCCCCCCACACACACACACAAAACUGACUAACUUGCCCCCCCCAACCCACUUCCCAGACCGUAGACAAACCGCAAAGACAUGACUCUCGUAGGCACCCACGCCAAACUAUAUCACUACACGACACGUAGGACAGACGGAGAGCAAAAUGGGAGGGAGGGCGAACGACAGAGAAAGGACAAGAAAUAACAGGGAAAACAUACAGGCACCAUAUAAACAGACUCAAGAGGGAUAGAAUGUGGUAACAAUACCAGGAGACGUGACAAGCCUAAGUACCCGAUAUCGGACACAAAUGCCCCCUGAGGAAGAUACUUCCUCUAGGUUCCUCAAGCUAGUCAUCACCCGGAACGGCCUACAAUAGCCAGAACAAGCCACACGCAGGACUUAAGACACAACAAGCAGCACAGGACCUGACCGAGGCAACCACCACUUCUUGAGCCACACACAACACACCUUUUAGACAAAGAUCUACACAACACAACACACUAGCGGCACUAACCGAAUGACCCACUGUGACCAAGCCAGACAUCCGAACGGACGGAUGACACUCCUUAGCUACUAUUAGAAACACAUUAGACGCAAAGAUAGAAUAUCAAUAUUAGGGCAUACAGACACAACCCAGUUCAUCAGGCAAGCCAACAAAGGUAUAACGGAAGGGAUACCACACACCGCAUGCUUACAAUAGACGCUACUAAAGUGACAGCUAAGCCGAAAGCCCCUGGCAGUAGCCCCCAGCGAAGCACAGCCAUAUCUGUCCAGAACCGACACACUUCCACUAUGACAGUGGUAAAGCUGAAUACGCACUAAUGCUGAUAAUUCAAUGCUUCCAUGUUUCAGGGCUACACACCCAAAUAUGUUCAAAGUUGUAUUGUGCUGAAAGAUUGUCAAAUGAACAAAUACAUAAACAAAGAAUGUAAAAAAAAAAAUGCUCAGGAACACUGGGUGCAAAUUAGAAAAUGUAUUAUAAAUGUAAUAAUAAAACAAAAAUUGCUUCUAUGCAUUUUUGUCCGGCAGCUCUAGACUCCCUCAGGGACCAUAAUUAGAAAAACAUGUAAAUACAAUAAACAAGCAUAACCCCCACCCCCAGUGUCCGUUUAAAUAUUUAUUGUCCUGCGUUCGCUUUUGUCCGUGUCGCUUGUCAUUAAUUUUAAUCUUCAUUGUUCUGAUGUAUUCCUGUGCUUAUUGGAAUAUAUUUUUCUUUAUGCCCCAAUAAAAAAAUUAAAUAAUAAAAAAAAAAAGGCGAUAUUAUUAAUAAAAUAAAAAGUAUCUGUUGAUUUACUUAAUCAUUUUUUUAACUUUAAAAAAAUAAAAUUCAAAACCUGUAAACAUAUCGAAUAAAACAGUAGUGUGCUUGGCAGAGAAAUGUCCAUGUGCCCUUACAGAGGACCACUCUCAGGUGGUAUGUGGGUUACUUCUAUUUUGAGAGAUUUAGUGAUUUAAAAAAUAUAUUUCCAAAAUAAUUUGUUUAAUAGCAAACAUCCGUUUCUCUUUUUGCAGCUGAAGAUAAGGAUGUGCCUGUGUCCCUUCCAGCUGUCUGAGGUAACUGCAGGUAAUGGGGUUUUUUAAUGGAAUAACUGUGCCUACCCCAUAGACAAAUGAUUAUCAAUUUAUUUUGCAUAGAUCAUUUUUGUUACACUCCAUAUUAUACCCAAAGUACAUAGGUUAUACUUGACUGAUGUUUACAAAUCAAAUGUAUUUUUUCCAUUUUUUUUUAAAAAUUCUUAAAAAAAACAAAUAAGUAAGAUGGAUGUGCGGAAUCAGUCAUGUGCCAAUUCCUUUUUGUCACACUAUGUACCAGCCCUGCCAGGUAUUAAAUGUUGUAAUACAAUGUGGCUAAGCAGAAUGCUAUUUAAAUCACCAUAUUUCUCCCAGUUUGCCAUUAAGACAUGUAUUCAGAGCAAAUCCUACAGAUAUUAGAGCAUUUUCAGAGAAUGUAAACAUCUGGGGUUUUUUUCCCCCAUUUAACAUACAAUGAAAAAUUAUCAGAUUAACCCUGAUUUUUGUUUCUGUAGGAGGCACAUUUCCAAAAUACAUCCACCUGUUUUUUUGCCCUCAAAAUUACAGAAACCCACAUUAUUCUGCCAUUAGCUGCACAAGCAGUUGGAUUGUAACAUUCAGUUCUGAAUUAAUGUAUCCACACGAAAGGUCUAAAAUCCUGUAUAAAUUAAUGUCCAUUCGGGAGCGGUCUUGCUAACGUUGGGACACAUUGUUGUGAAUAGUCAAUAGUCAAUACACAUUGAAAUAGUCAACUGUUGUUGUGUUUUUCUUGCAGGCACAUGUAUCCUUCUGAUUUCAAAUCCCAUCUUCUUGAUAUUAAUAUACAAGACUUGGCAAAGCACUAGACAAAUAUUUUUGAAGUUCAGUGACUCAUUAUAUACAUAAAUAUUAAUAUUACUACAGACAUUCUCUCCUUGCAAAGCUUGUUUUCACAUCUUACAUCUUAUCCUUGUAGGAUCUUUCUAUUCUCUUGGAAUCCUAGGUACAAUUAGAAUAUUAUUAUUAUUAGUUCUUGAACAAUGGUUCUCCGUAUGUUUCACUUUCAACAUAAUGUUAUGGGCUUAUUUAUUGUUCUUUGUGUGUGAUGUAAGAAAAAUAAAUAUGUAUAUGUAUAUAAUUGCAAGCAUGCUCAAAUAUAGCUUGUGUGAGUUCAAUAUGUGGGUUACUGUAAACUUGAUAAAAUACACUUUUUAUGUUAAAUCAAAUCUUUUUUAAUAACGUGGUACUCUUCCACAAAGAUGGGUAUUUGCUGUCUGUACAAUGUUUUCCUUUUAAAGAAGAUCGCAUCGCCAUCCAAGAAAGGACUAAGGAUUUCUGGAUGGUUUGAUGAUGAUGAUGAUACGUCUUGUGACUCCACUACAGAAAGAUACAUGCCUUCACAUCGACAAUCACCCCAACUGCUCUGUUCCUUGCUUACUUUUGAAGGGAACUACAUUUUGGAGUCUCUGAAGUUGCAAACUUCCAUGGAAAAGCAGCAACAAGAAGUAUUAAGGAAUGAGACCUGUGAAGGUUUUCUUGGACCCAAAGCUGGUUUAACUGUGCUAUAACUGUUAACAUUAGCCACAAGACUCAAGUCAGCCUUUUAGCCCAAUGAGUUUACCAGGUAUACUUUGCAUUGGUCCACCAAUAUGGCCACCAUCUUGGAUGUUGACCACGCUUUUGGUUGGUAAGAUUUCACAGAAAUGGACCUUAUAUGGAUUUUCAUUAAAUUCAUUGGUAGAAAUUGCACGUAGUUUCUGGACAGAUACCAACCUUUGCAGCCCUGAUUUAGAUAUGGUUCUAUGCAGGAUAUAGAGCCAAGCCAACAAAGCAAUGGAAACAUCCACUUCAAACCCAGCAGACUGUUAUGUACCCUCUUCCGACGUAUUCUAUUCUGUAAAAUGCUGCACAGAAUUAAAAGUGGAGCAAUCAUCAUGUGGGAACCAGAGGAACCAGCAGGUGCAUUUGAUUAAUGAUUCCUCCCUUUUUCCAUCUUUGCGUCAGUUUUCAAAACACAGUACUUUGAGAUCUCGAGCUAUUACAUGUUAAGCGACUAUGACUUGCUGUUGAUGAGUUGCUCCUUUGUCAUUGUUUGAUGUCCUGGUAUUUCUUUUACAUUUUUCAGAGGAAAUUAUUUAAUAAAUGUUAAUUUUUAUUAAGAA